GAUCGUUGCAGUCGGCCAGUCGACGCACCCGGGUGUCCGCUUGAUGGUCACUUGGACUGCAUUUGCUCAUAUGAGCUGGAUCUACCUCGAGCUUCAGGCAGAAGUAGUCAUCGCUAAGAAGCCAGUCCUGGGCUCUUGUACUCGUAAGCUGCAACUGUUUCUCAAAUGAGUAGAACCGCAAAAGCUACACUUGGCUUCGUGUCACUGUGCACCGUGGCAACCAUCUACUUUGUCCACUACUCUCAGCAGGCAGACAAAGACCUCAUGCACAUGGGCGUCGUGAGAGAUGAGGAGAGACAGAAGCAGCGCAAGGAACGUACGCUAGAACUAGAAAGACAGCAGGCACUUGAGGCUGCGUUGAAACAGAGUCAAUCAGUUCGGCAGACUUGAUCGGCACGAGAUUCACCUAAGCUCCUGCUUCAUUCUAGCAAGGUCUCUGUCACAGCAUCGAGUAUGCUCGUGGAGGACUCACCAGGCGCAAUAUCCAUGCGCGAGCGAGCGCACUGUCUUUAAGAGCCUCUUGCGUCAAGCUGUACCAAAGCGUCCAGACAAUAGUCCUUCAAGCAGGCUCUCUGAGCGCGCCGGCUCGAGAACGGAUGUGGACCCUCUCAUGAAUUGUCUGUGCAACGAGAGUCUGGCUGCUGAGCAUUCACAGCUGGCUCCUUGCUUCAGGUCUCGAAGGCCGUGAAUGAGCUGCCGCGUCGAGAUCAUCGUAUUCGAUAAAUAGCGUUCACGGCCGAUUCAUCAAGAGCAGAAGCUUGCUAUACAUACUAUAUAGGAUCAUGCUAGCAAAUCUGUAAGAGAUACUUCGACCCGAGCUUUCAUGCUUCUUGUCAAGUC